UUCUCUCUUUCUCUGUUUCUUUUUUGAAUUAGGGUUCUGUUUCUCGCUUGCUAAUUUUAAUUGAAAUCGCACACAAAUUUGGUGUUUUUGUUCUAUGGAUUUGUUUAUUAUGAGAUUGGAUCAUUUUGAUUUGAAUAGAUUCCACUUUUAGAUUAUCUUUUUAUAUUGAAGAGAUUUUGAGUCAAUUUUGAGAAUCUGGUUUUAUCUUUCCAUUUUUUUGUUUGUUAUGAGCUCAUUUCAUCAUGGUACUAGAGAUUUCCCACCUGGUGUUCAAAUACCCAAUGGGCGAUGGAGUCUCUAUUUUGUAACAAUCAGAAAAACGGUGGUUGAAAUAAUAAAAAAUUAAUCAGAAAGUAACGAGGAUGCAACCAAUUUUGAACUAUUCUGUUAGAGAGGAUCUUGAAUUAAUGACAUAGCGAAAAAUAAUCUUCCUGAGAUUGAAGUGAAUUAGAAGGUAUAAUGCAUUAGGGAAGAUAAUGAACAGGUCUGCGAUGAUUUGAUCUGUACCCCGUGGAAAAGCAAUGCGUAAUUUCAUUACAUUCUGAGUUCUUUCUUUUGGGGGUGCAUUAGCAAGCUUAGGAGCCAAUUAGAAACAUUUAAACAAAUUUUCCGAGUAUUUACGUGCAUAUGGACAAAAAGUAUUUAUUAACACCGGUUUAGUAGGUUACAAGUCAUCGGGUCUGUUUGAGUAAAAUAUGCAUCAUAGUUGUGACUGUCAAGGAUUAAUAGAUAAGUCCGACUUAUUUCAGAAGGGCAGUCAUAGUUUGGACCAAUCUCAUUAAAUUUUCCUUGACAAUAUUUGCGAAUAAACCCUCAUAAGAGCGACUCCAAUGGUUGUGAUUCUUGUGAAUAACGGGCAAUUGGUUUUAUUUAUUUUCGACAUGACUCUUACAUUGUCAAUAAGAAGUUAAGAACCAUCACAUUAUUAUAACACAUUCUGCACCAAUUCUUUUGAAUGUACUUUGAACUGAGGAAACAUUUGCUUUUAUGACCAUAAAUCCUAUUCGUGAGGUACUUUAGAUGUAGUCAUCACAUUAGUAUGGAGUGUUUUGUUUGUGCUACUAUUGUUUGAAAUCGGAGAGAGAGAAUAUAAUUAAACAAUGGCCAAAAUCAGUGUGCACAUGUAUCAUCUAGAUUGUUGUGCUAACAGUUUUAACACUACUAAGUGCCUACUUUAUUUUAUAAUUGCUACUUACUUUUCUAAUGUGAUGGUGGUUGUUGAAAUUUGACUAAGAACCACAAUACCAUUGGGAUAGGAAAAAGAAAGAAAAAACUUGAACCAAAAACAGAGAAAACGAGAGAAUGGCUGAAGGUGUAUUGUUCAGCAUUGCAGAGGAUAUCCUGAAGAAUCUGGGAUCAAGGGGAGUUGAUGAGAUUGCCUCUGCGUGGGGAUUCAAGGCUGCAGAUGAUUUGUACGACGAGGUUGGUACAGUUGCACUGAAGAAACAGCUCCAGGGUGGAAACAAGUUCACAAAAGAGAGGACAUCCUGAAAAAACUGGGAUCAAGUGCAAUUGAUGAGAUUGCCUCUGCGUGGGGAUUCAAGCGUCGCCUUGAAAAGCUUAAGAAUACUAUCAACACCAUCAAAGAUGGGCUUCUGGAUGCUGAAGAGAGGCAAUCUGAUAGCCGACUCGUUCGUGGUUGGCUUGAAAAGCUUGCCAUUGUUGUGUAUGCUGCAGAUGACUUGUUUGAUGAGGUUUCUACAAUUGAAUUGCAGAAACAGCUUCAAGGUGGAAGCAAAUUCAGUAAGAAAGUAAACACCUUCUUCUCUAGCUCCAAUCAGUUCACAUUUGCAAGGAGCAUUUCCCAAAAGAUUAAAAAAAUCAGGCAAGAGCUGGAAGAUAUAGUCAAAGACAGUACUGUGUUUGCCUUCGUAUCCCGCCCUCGGGAGGAAGGGAGUCUGAUGAGUAUUAGUAGCCAUCUUAGGGGGAGAGAUCAAACUCAUUCAUUUGUAGAUGCUGAAGAAGUUAUUGGUAGAGAUGAUGAUAAGAAAGCCAUCUUAGAUAUACUUCUUGCCUCGGAUGAAACUGAGAAUGAGAAUGAGAUACUGCAUGUUAUCCCGAUUGUUGGGAUUGGAGGACAGGGCAAGACAACCUUGGCUCAACUCAUAUAUAAUGAUCCUCAGGUUGGGAAUUACUUCGAGUUGAAGCUAUGGGUGUGUGUAUCUGAAGAUUUUGAUACGAAGAUGCUUACAGAAAAAAUCAUCAAGUCAGCAACCAAUGUAGAAACUCCGAAUGUAGAGAUGGACCAGUUACAAGGUUUGCUGCGAAAAGAAGUAGGCGACAAGAGAUACUUGCUUGUUCUAGAUGAUGUUUGGAAUGAAAACCGUGAGGAAUGGCUGAAGCUGAGGGCUCUGUUAAAGAUGGGCAGAAAGGGGAGUAAGAUACUUGUAACUACUCGAUCCAGAGAGGUAGCAAAAAUAAUGGGCACUUUUCCUGUGUGUGAGUUACAAGGCCUAUCUGAAGAGAAGUCAUGGGAAUUGUUUCAAAAGAUGGCAUUUGAACACGGACAAACUCAACAGAAGCCACAUCUUAUGGAGGUUGGGAAAGAAAUUGUUAAGAAAUGUGCAAAUGUUCCUUUAGCCAUAAGAACUGUUGGCAGUCUUCUUUAUGGCAAGGAUGAUGGCAAGUGGUUGGCGUUCAAGAGUAGAAGUCUAGCCAACCUGUCUGAUAGCGAGAAUGGCGUUAUGGAAAUUCUGAAGCUCAGCUACCAGCACCUACAGUCACCAUUGAAGAAUUGUUUCGCUUACUGCUCUUUAUUUCCGAAGGACUAUGAAUUUGACAAGGAAAUGCUGAUAAAUCUUUGGAUGGCUGAGGGCUUUAUCACUCCAAUAAAGCAUGAAGGCCAUAGUUUAGAAGAACUUGCUGAGGAAUAUUUCCUUAUUUUGAUGCAAAGGUGCUUCUUUCAGGAAAUAAAAAGGGAUGAAUGGGGAGACAUUUCAAGCUGCAAAAUGCAUGACUUGAUGCAUGAUCUAGCUCAAAAAGUGGCUGGAGUCAACUGCAAGGUUGCAAAGUUUGGGGAAAUCAACUCAAAUAAAGGAAUCCAUCACUUGUCUUUAGCUUAUCGUUUGACUUCAAUGUGGAAGAUACCAAAAUGGAUGCUGAAUUUGAAGCGUCUGCGGACAUUUCUUUUGCCCGAGCAAGUAAGAGAUGGAUCACCCUUCGGCAAAUUGAUUUGUCAAGAGAUAAUAUCAAGCUUUGGUUGUUUGAGAGUGUUGGAUCUACACAACCUUGGAGUCAGAAAUUUUCCGAGUUCAAUAGGUAAGCUAAUUCAUUUAAGGUACCUGAACCUUUCUCAUACACCUAUUAUAGAACUUCCUGAUUCAAUCACAGACCUCUUAAAUUUGCAAACACUCAACCUAUAUAAUUGUACGAGCCUUGUAACACUGCCUAAAAACAUGAGAAAACUUAGCAAUCUUAGGAGCCUUGAUGUUGGUCAAUGUCAAUGGAUACGUCAUAUGCCUUCAGGGUUAGGAGAAUUAACUUCUCUCUAUAAACUACCUCGAUUUACGGUCAACCAUAGAAAUUUUCCAAUAUUCAGAAACAAUCCUGCUAAGUUGAGUGACUUACAGAACCUUGAUAACCUGAAAGGAGUUUUGCACAUUGAAAUAUAUGGAAAAUUAAAAAAUCCUUUAAUAGAAGCAACAAAGGCAAACUUAGAGGAAAAACAUGGGCUGACUAAGUUGCAUAUAGAAUUGGAUGUCUGGUCAUAUGAAGAUGUUAGUGGUAGUAAUCAUGAUGAAGCAGUGCUGGAAGGACUCAAACCAUAUUCUAAUUUAAGACAGCUUGAGAUUUAUUGGUACGGAGGUCAAAAGCUCCCAAGUUGGGCAAUGAUGGGUAAUUUGUGUAUUAAUCUUCCAAACCUAGUUAAGAUUGAACUUCUGCGUUGCGGAAGAUGUCAGCAAGUGCCUUGUUUUAGCCAACUACCUUUCUUGAAGUUCCUCAGUCUUAAGUGUCUGGAAAGUGUGGAAUACAUGGAGAUGGAUAGCAGAGUUUAUGGCAACCCCUCAUUUUCGGAACCGUUAUCGACGGAAAUACCAUUCUUCCCAUCUCUCAAAGAGCUAACGGUGAUGAGUAUGGAUAAUUUGAAGGGAUGGUGGAAAGAAGCAAUUGUUAAAAAUGAUACACAAGAAGAAGCACAUAUAUCAAUGAAACAACGUUUAUUAUCCAUGUCAUUUCCUAAUCUAUCAAAAUUGAUGAUAAAUGAAUGUCAAAAGCUCAUAUCCCUGCCAAAAUGUCCUAAUGUGGAGGAAUUAACCCUAGUAGACGCCAACCAGCGCAUCUCAGCCUCAAAGAUGGCAACAGCUUCAUCAUCAAAUUCAUCUUUGGGGUCUAGCGGUUCAAAGUUAAGUAAGCUCACAAUCAGUAAUGUGGAAGACCUCAUAUCUCUCCCAAGAGAAUGUCUGCACCAACUGUCUUCACUUGAGAUCCGGAAAGGAAAUCUGGUGAACACAGACGAAAUAGGAAAAGAAGUUUUCCAAAGUAUCACUUCUUCUCUCCGUUGUUUGGAAUUCACUCAUUGCCAUAGCUUGAGAUUUUUCGCUCAAGGCCUGGAACAUCUCACAGCAAUAGAGAAGUUGAAACUUUGGGAUUGUGAACAGCUUGAUCUAUCACUAGAUGAACAGUUGCCAUGGAAAAACUUCAAUAGUCUUCGUUCAUUAGGAUUGCAUAAUAUGCUUAAGCUAUUGGUUCUUCCAAGUGGGCUUCAACACUUGGUAAACCUCCGGUCCCUAGAAUUAACGUGCAAUUAUGAAUUGAGGGAAAUACCAGAAUGGAUAAGCUGUUUCUCUUUUCUUGGGUAUAUGAGAUUGUAUGCAUGUCCAAAAUUGACAUCUCUGCCAGAAGGCUUCCGCAAGCUCACUGCCCUAAAUCAACUCCUAAUCAUGGAUUGUCCAGGAUUGACAGAAAAAUGCCGAAAUCCAAAUGGUAGUGAAUGGCCCAAGAUUCAGCAUAUCUCUCUCGUUACUGUUAUGAACGACAAUCACCAUUGA